AGGGUCUCUACUUGUGUCAGGGACAGAGAAGAUCCAGACCCACAUCUUCACAACCAAGUAAUGUUAUUAUCCUCACUGUGAAUGCUCUGCCCACGACCUCAGUGAGUAUCUCUCCUCAGGGUCUCCUCUACUCUGGAGAGACAGUCAGCAUGCAGUGUUACAUAUCAAUGUACACAGACUGGACGUACAGCUGGUUUACAGGCAACAACCUCAAAUCCAGUACGCCUGGUCAAACCAUCACCACUCUGUCUAACCAGGCUGGUCAGUACAGAUGUGUUGGGGUGAGGACAGGUCGGCCUCAGUGGUCUCAACUCAGUGUUUUCCUCCCUAUCAGAGUCACUGAUUAUCAGCCGUCGACUACACUGACUUCAGACAAAGAGAACAUAUUCACAGGAGACAGAGUGACACUGAUCUGUACUGUAGAGUCUUCUGGAUGGAAGUUUUACUGGUACAGACACAGACCAGACUCUACACCAGUAACCACAACCUCUGUAUACUCCUACACACUCAGCUGGGUCAGUGUCUCUGAUGGAGGACAGUACUGGUGCAGAGCUGGGAGAGGAGACCCAGUCUACUACACAAUGUUCAGUGACCCAGUCCAGAUAAAUGUUACUGAGGUACCUGUAGCUGUUCUGAUCCUCCAACCCAACUGGACCCAGAUAUUCAGUGGAGAAACAGUUACUAUGAGAUGUGACAUACAGGGGGGAGGAGACUCUGACUGGAACUACAGAUGGUAUAAGAAUAGUCAGUCAGUGAUCCCCUUUAACACAAAGCCUGAGUACAGAAUCAGUCCUGUCUACAUGUCUAACAGUGGUUCAUAUACCUGUGACGGUGUAAAGGGAAACAAGAUCUCCAAGAUCAGUGAUGCUGUACAACUGAAUGUGUCUGGUAAACCCAAGGCUGUCCUGAGUAUCUCUCCUCAGUGGCUGAACCCUGGAGACUCAGUGAUUCUGAACUGUGAAGUUGACAAGAUGUCUACAGGCUGGAGGUUCUCCUGGUACAGGACUGUUCCCUACAGAGCUGGGUUACCCUCCCUAUCAGACAAGUCUUACUCUCUACAGCCCCUAUCUGACAAUGUGACUACUGAAGACUCCUACACUCUGAUCCCUGCUGGUCCUACUCCCACAGGAGGAUAUGUGUGUAGAGCUGGGAGAGGAGACCCAGUCUAUGACACACAUCGGCAGUCUUCAGUGUCUCUCAGAAUAAGUCCCAACACAACUCAACACUUUAGAUCGAAGUCUCUCUCACUGAGCUGUGAGGAGAAGGGGAACUCUACUGGAUGGAGACUGAUGAGAUACACAGAGAGAGGAGUAGAGUCAGGGUGUGUCUCUAACUGGGGAUCAAUAACAGGGUCCACAUGUACCAUCAGCUACACAUACACAUGGUACAGUGGAGUGUUCUGGUGUGAGUCUGGAUCAGGAGAGUACAGUAAUGCUGUCAACAUCACAGUGGAUGMUGGUGAUGUGAUCCUGGAGAGCCCUGUCCAUCCCAUGACUGAAGGAGACUCUGUGACUCUGCGCUGCAAAUACUGGACAACCAGCUCAAACAUCAAGGCUGAUUUCUACAAAGAUGGAGUACUCAUCAAGAAUGAGACCACAGGAGAGAUGACCAUCCCUGCAGUAUCCAAGUCAGAUGAAGGAUUCUACAAAUGCAAAUAYCCUGACAAGGGAGAAUCACCAGAGAGCUGGAUGACAGUGAGAGUCCCUCCAGGUUCUGUUGUCUCCAUCUCUCUGCCCAGGCUGCUGUGUGGUCUACUGGCGGUGUCUCCCUUUCUACUGGUGUCCAUCGUGCUGAUGGUGAAAUGCUGCAGGGCUCGAGGUUUGUGUUCAACAGUUAAAUCUCCUCAAGACCAGAUACGAUCUGACGAUGUCAUCGAACAGACUGAAUCAUCCGUGUGAUCAUAACAGUAUGAACUGUAUACUGAGCAACAAUUUGAAUGAUUUGACAUUUUGACAUUGAUAUAUGAUAGUGUUUACUGAGUUUAAUAUCACUGAAUGGAAUUUCACAAAUGCUGAAUGUUAUUGUUUUGUAAGUUGACAUUUUUUAGCUUUUGGUGGCUCAUAUGCUUUCCUCUGUUAUUGUUGAUGGUCUUGCUUUUUCUUGAAAUAUUACACUUCUCUCUUUAUUUCAGUUUGUUACUUAAACAAGAGUGUAGUGCCUGUUUAUGUUUAAAAGUGGAAUAUGCUGUAUUUUUUAUGUUGUAUUUUACAUAAAACCAUCCAUUUUA